UCACUAGGUGGCUGUAGUGAGCCGUCUUACGUUUAUAGACAGCAGUGGAGUCGCGCAGAAGAAAUUGGAUGGUUGUUUGGAAACCGCAGUAAACGUUGGUCUUCUUCAAUAGCUAUUACACUAUUCACAGGUUUUCAGUUGUAAAGACGGAGAUAAAAUCACGAGACUCUGUAGCAGUAGACCUGUAAACGGCUCAGUUUUGUUGUUGGUCAUUAGGUAGUUGAUCAUGAACGUGGCUAAAAGUGGUUAUCGUGUUUUCUCGGCUAACUCAACGCCCGCCUGCACGGAACUCUCUAAGAAGAUUACUGAGCGUCUUGGAGUCGAGCUGGGGAAAUCAGUUGUUUACCAGGAGUCGAACAGAGAAACGAGAGUUGAGAUCAAAGAGUCUGUGAGAGGCCAAACAAUCUUCAUCAUCCAAACCAUUCCUAGAGAUGUCAACACGGCUAUUAUGGAGCUGCUGAUUAUGGCCUAUGCACUGAAGACCUCUUGUGCCAAGAACAUCAUUGGCGUGAUCCCAUACUUCCCCUACAGUAAACAGUGUAAGAUGAGGAAGAGGGGAUCUAUAGUGUGCAAACUGCUCGCUUCAAUGUUAGCUAAAGCAGGUCUGACUCAUAUAAUCACCAUGGAUCUGCACCAGAAAGAGAUCCAGGGCUUCUUUACUUUCCCUGUGGAUAACCUGCGGGCUUCUCCAUUCCUGCUGCAGUACAUUCAGGAGGAGGUUCCUGAUUAUAGAAAUGCUAUCAUUGUAGCCAAGUCCCCAUCUGCUGCAAAAAGGGCUCAGUCGUAUGCGGAGCGUUUGCGUCUCGGCCUGGCUGUCAUGCACGGAGAAGCUCAGUGUUCGGAGUCAGACAUGGCAGAUGGGCGUCAUUCUCCUCCAUGUGUCCGCAACACCUUUGGACACUCCGGCUUGGAGUUGCCAUGCAAACAACAAGCUCCGUUCCCAGGCAUAGAGCUCCCAAUAAUGAUGGCCAAGGAGAAACCACCCAUCACUGUUGUCGGAGAUGUUGGAGGUCGCAUCGCCAUCAUUGUCGAUGACAUCAUAGAUGAUGUGGAGGACUUUGUGGCAGCAGCUGAGAUUCUGAAAGAGAGAGGAGCUUAUAAGAUCUACAUCAUGGCCACCCACGGGCUCUUGUCUGCGGAUGCCCCGCGCCUCAUCGAGGAGUCCGCUAUAGACGAAGUGGUCGUGACCAACACUGUCCCUCAUGAGGUGCAAAAGCUGCAGUGUCCUAAGAUCAAGACGGUGGAUGUCAGUAUGAUCCUGGCCGAGGCAAUUCGACGCAUUCACAACGGGGAGUCCAUGGCCUACCUGUUCCGCAAUAUCACAGUAGACGACUAGCCGACAGACACAUUUGGGUUAGAGGCCAAGAUGAGCGGGAUUUCUGACGGAUGGAGAACACAUGCACCAGCACUGUCCCGCACGUCCCCAUACUUCCUCUGUGUGUGUUUAUCUCUGCCGUUGAGCUGUCGGUCGGUGUUCGUUUGAAGCACAGCAACACUUCUUUCUUUUAACCUUGUCUUCCACUUCUCAGUGUUCCUCAAUUAUAUGUCAUCUAGCUGUUUCCCAGUGCCUCACUCUGUGAGAGUGACAGUGGUUGCUAUGGCAACCUUAUUCAAAGCUGUUCUAGCUAUAUUUUUGCUGUUGUGCAAAUAUGGUCCAGAGAACCAUACAGAGAACAUACAUUUUUUGCUACAAUGUACUGUUUCUGCUGUUGCUUUGCAAUCUUAUUUUUGUAAAUAAACACAGAUUUGCUUCA